CCUCCCUGUCGAGGAGAAAAUAAACUACUACUACUUGACAAGAAAAGCUAAGGUUGGAUGAUAACAACGACAGUCAAAGUAUCCGGAGGACCAAAAAUCGGAAGGGCCAUAACGGCAGGCCUGCAAGCAGAACGCGUUUUUAAUCAUGGUUGAAAACAGCUUGGCAAAGCCUCUUGGGUUAGUUUUAAUCCUCACAGCUCACAUGGUUUUCUGUGACUCCAGCCAUGCAGAUGUCACUGGGAUUGUCGGACAAAACAUCUCACUUCACUUCAAAUUUAACACUACCAUCACAUAUAAGAGUAACUUUGUUGUCUAUAAAUGUUUAGGAAAGGAAGAAAAAAUCUCUGAAUAUCCAAAUUACAAAAAUGAAUUUGAGAUUUAUCCUGAAAAUUCUUCCAUACAGUAUCACAUGGCCAAUCUGAACCUAAACCAAAGUGAAACUUACUGGGCCAUUUCAGUCAUAGAUUUAAAAACAACACAUAGUAAUAAAGUGAAGCUGAUUGUUCGAGAGGAGAACCCAACCACCGCAGUUCCUCCAGAGACAAGCACCUUUACCAAAACAACUAACAAUGGAAGUUCCAGUUUCUCUUCCUCUCAGAUUGUCACAGUUAUUGUGGUUUCUCCAUUUCUUCUGCUUGUUGCAUUGCUUCCAUUCUUGGUCAUCUGUCUUCCAAAACCAAAAGACCAACCACAAGAAAGACCACAGAGAUUCUCAACUGCUACAACACAGGACACAGUUGAAGUGACAAUUAGUACGACUGACCACUCAUUGGUCUACAGCGUCCUGGACUUCCCAAAGAGACCCCCAUCAUCUGUGGAGCUGGGCUCCAAUGAGACAGAGUACGCCACAGUCAGCUACCUCCCAGAAAAGAAGCUGAGGCCCAACACCAAUAAAUGAAAGAGUGUAAAUCUUCAGAUUCUUUUCAGUUUCAGUAAAAGCCUUUAUACCCCAGAAUCUAAUAAUAUAUUUUUUGUAUGUAUGAUAAAUUGUUCUUUGACUGUCUUCACACAUUUUACAAUGUUUGUCAGGGGAACCAGUUUUUGUAUGAAAGACGUCACUGUCUGUGUGUUGAUCAGCUGACAUAAAGGGCAGGAGUUACUGUAACAAACCACAAAUAUCAAACUCACUAUUUCCUCGAACCAAAUCGUUUUGUUUCUUGUGAAACUGACAAAAUUUGAUCUUUACUUUAUUGUUAUGAGAAACUAGCUCAACUGGAAAUAUGCUUGAAAUAAUGUUAAUGCAUCAAAAUGGUGUUCCUUAUAUAACUUAUGAAAUAUUGCCCACUCUAUGUGGAAACAGACACAUCUGUUGGAAUCCAGAGCACAGAGUAAAAGAAAAACAACACACUGAUAAAAUCAGCUGUUAUUGCAGAAACAUAACCUUAAAAAGAUUGGAAACCUUGAAAUGAUGAAUAUUGAGAAAAAUCCAUUUAGUUUUUUUGUUCAAUAGGAGUUUGGGAUCCCAAUUUAAGAAAUUAAUAGCACAAUUGUUGACACCCCAACACUUUAUACAGCAACCCCCUUUUACCAACAGGAGAGCAUUUAGUAUUGUCUUAUAAAAUUUCACAAAGUAAAAACAUGGGGAGAUACGGACGUUUGGACAGUUUGUCUCUAAAUAAUACAAAUUCUUGAGUAGUAUCUUUAGUUCACCAGACAGGCUUUCAAUCAAAUUUAAGACCAAAAAUGCCCUGGAAGAAGGUUGAUUUUAUGCCUGUUUAACGAUUUCUGUCUUUAUUCAGUCAUAUGUUUUUGAAAAUGUUUCUAGUAAAAGAACUGCUUCAGCAUUCUGGCAGAGUCCACGAGAUAUUUAUUGUUAUCUUCUUGUACAGGAGUCCGGUGUGUUGGUGCAGGGAUGCAUUCAAACAUUGAAAGGCGGCAGCACUAGAGAACUGGAGUUCAUGACCUGUAUUGUCUCUGGAUUUGGCAAUUAUUACUGAGUGUUCAUAACGUCUUGCACUCUUGCUACAUGUUCCAAACUUCUGGAGAAAAAAACAAGCAUCCCACAUCAUCCAUCAUGCUUCUCCUUGUAUUCAUUGGCAGUAAGCACUCAGCUUGAAGUGGCUCAAUCUUGGUAUCAUCUGACACAGUUCCAAUUACAGUUCCUGUUGCGUUAGGCAAAAACAUGUUUGUGUUUUCUAACGUCACUUGCAGAUAAAGGAUUAACACGUAGAUAAAAUCUUGUGGUUGUCUGGGCAAUGUCUUUGCUACAGCUCUGAAACAGUUAGUUCUGAAAUAAGAGCUUUAUUUCUAUGGCAUAUUCUCUUGCUGUUUGCAUUUGUAAAAGACACCAAGAGCUGGGCUUCUUGGCUGUGCAAUAAGCAUACCCUGAAAAAUAAGACGACACAGAGAAGAGAUUUUAUAAGAAAAUUUAUUUGAGUUUAUUUACAUUCAUUUUCACACUGUUAUUGUGAUAUAUAUAAUAUUUCCAUAGCAUGGGAUCCUUACUAAUAAAUGUGUAAAAUUAAUGGUUAGAUUUUAUACAUUUUCAGCAUAGGGUCACAUUUAUGAGAAAAAGUGGGGAAUUUAUUUUCUGGUUUCUGGCACAUCUUUAUUUUAAAUUAUUAUUUGAAAUUCACAGGCAACACAGCAUUGCGGAUAUCUGGCUCUCAUAAAACAUACUGAAUCUCUCAAUGUAAAUACAAAACUUGAAAUACUUUUGAUUUUAAGACGUCAUUAAGGAUUUGUCAACAUUCGAUCUAAAAGUCAGUAAUUAAAUCCCUUUUUCAUCAGUGGUAUCUACAGCGUUUUUAAACCGUUUUACUCACCACCUCAAGGGCUCUUGGGUAAAAUGAAACCAUUUUAAGAACACAAUCCAAGUGUACAGAACCUCAAAUCAGCCUUGUCAGCUUUAAAAGUGUGAGUUUCCACAGCUCUUCUGUAUCCACAGCAGUUUGUACGUAUGCAGUCACAAUCUGACACUAUCUUACUGUCAUUUUCCCCUAGGACGGUCUUGAAAGUUCUCUGAUCCCUGGUGCUAAUUUGCUUAUCUCAUUUUUGUGAAUCGCUUUGUCAUAUAGUGACUGCUGUUGUGGACGUGUAAUGAUACUUAUGCAUUGGUAGAAAACAAGUAAAUUGACCAUGAAUCCAGGAUAUUGGUUAUUUUUUCAGAAGGGGAACUGCAAAUAAUGCAUUUAUUUUUUUCUACUUGUUCAUGAGAAAUUCUUUUUUCUCUUAUGGCUACAAUAAACUCAAAUAGGACAGUGAGAAUGUAUUCCUAGUUUUGUACAGCUCGGGUUUUCAAACUGCCUUUAAUAAAGCUGCUGUUUCCAAUAAUCUGAACC